AUGCAGUCCGACGAUAUUAUCUGGACGGUCAUCAACCAUCAGUUUUGCUCUUACAAAGUCAAAACAUCAACGCAGAAUUUCUGUAGAAACGAAUACAACUUGACCGGAUUCUGUACGAGACAGUCUUGUCCCCUAGCGAAUUCUAGAUAUGCUACAGUGAGGGAAAAGGAUGGCGUCUUGUAUUUGUACAUGAAGACGAUCGAAAGAGCGCAUACACCUGCGAACAUGUGGGAGAGAAUAAAGUUAUCGAAUAACUAUGUCAAAGCACUGGAGCAGAUCGACAAAGAAUUGAUAUAUUGGCCAAACUUCAUUACGCAUAAAUGUAAACAGCGUAUAACAAAGAUUACACAGUAUUUAAUCAAGAUGAGGAGGUUGAGUCUGACUGCUCAACCAAAGAAAGUAGGUAUCAAAAAGAAACUUGAACGACGAGAAGCCACCCGGGAACGAAAAGCCUUAGCGGCCGCUCAUCUGGAGAAGAACAUCGAGAAAGAGUUAUUGGAGAGAUUACGUUCCAAAGCUUAUGGUGAUCAACCUCUCAAUGUUAAUGAGGAUGUGUGGAGACAGGUUCUGGAUUUGGAUAGGAAGGGUAAAGAGAAAGAAUUGGAAUUGGAUAUGGAAGAUGAUGAAUCGUUACUUGAUUCCGACGAAGAGAGGGAAGAAGAAGAAGAAUAUGAAGGCGGUGAGAGGGAGUAUGUGGAGGAUACGGAUGAUGAGAGUGUAGGUGAUUUAGAGGAUUAUAGUGGUAGUGAGUUCGACGAAUUUGACUCUGAAGAAGAAGGUUCAGAAGGCCAAGAAUUCCCAUCCGAUCUGGACGUCUCUGACGAAGAUGAAGACGACGAAGCACACGGUGGACAAGAUCAGCCUAAAGCUAAGAAACCACCUGCGAACGGUUCGGGUGGAUUGGCAGGUACUAAGAGGAAACAACCUCCUAAAGGGUCUUCAACCAAGAAAGGCGCUAGAAGACCCAAGGUCGAUGUGGAAUAUGAGAUGGAGACUGAACCUCUUAGUAGGGAGAUGUUGAAGAAUUGGUAG